GAAGAUAGAAUAUUGCCUGUGUAAAAUGAUCAGACUGAUCGUUCUGUGCGGCGUUUGUUUAUUACUGACGGAGUCAGCGAUCUCAUUAAAAUGCAGAAGCGGCGUUCAGCAAGUGAACGAUCAGUUUCGGAAGAUUGUGCGGGUUUGCAAGAAACGAUCCGCGGGCGAUGACGAUUACAGCGACAAUUCCGCGUCGAGCGAUGACAGCAACAGCAACGAAUCUUCGAUCAUGGACAUGUUCGACACCAAGUUUUUCACAAGCGACAAUAGCAAGUCCAACACGCAGUCGUGGAAGAAUCAAAAUAACAAUCGGAACCGUGGGAAUCAACAAAGAAACGUCGGCAACGACCAACGUUAUUCAAUCAAUUACACGAACGGACAGUGGAGAAAUACGCAAUAUAAUCCCAAUCGGGGUGUCAAUAUUCGCGACUUUGGUUAUUCCGACGGAGGUGUCAGAUCGAGUUACGAUCAGACGUACAACAGCAACUCGCAGAACUACGACAAGAAUCAACAACGAUCCUGCAUCGUCCAGUGUGUUUUCAACGAAUUAAAUAUGGUGGAUCAAAGGGGAUUUCCCGAGCAGAACUCGGUCGUACAGUUCACGACGCGUAACAUACGUAAUCCGGAGCUGCGAGACUUCGCGGAGGAAGCCGUCGUCGAGUGUUUCCGUUAUCUUAAUUUGGAAAUGAGACAGGACAAAUGUCAGUUCUCGCAGAAUCUCCUAUCCUGUCUGUCGGACAAAGGAAAAGAAGUACAAAAUUUUAUCGACCGACAAACGUCCGAUAUUCCUUCGAUCGGUUUUGAACGUGACUUCACACUUUUUUUGUUUUUUUUUUCAGAGAUGCGAAGAUUGGGAUAACUAGUGGUAACACGAUCGCAUUUCCAAUGAUGACGACAAUCAGUUUCUGUAAAAAAAAAAAAAAAAAAAA